ACAUACAGCCAGGGGAUAGAAUUAGCCUGCCAAAAAGAAAGAGAGUUUGUGAAGCGCUCUGUAGAAUGCACGUGGAACCUAGCAGAAGCCCAGCAAAAAUUUGGUAGCUUAGCACUGCAUAAUUCAGAAUCCUGUGAUCAGGAAUUUGCUCAAGCAAGGACUGAAGCUGCAGAAUUGAGAUGGAGAGAGGAAGAAUGGAGAAGAAAAGAAGAAGCACUAAACCAGAGGGAAAGACAGAAUCUAUGGAACACAGAUCCUGUUAGUAAGGAGGUAUUUAAUAAGAGUUUUAUUAAUCAGAAAAGAAAAGAAAUAGAAGAUGAAGCUGUGUCUGAACCACUUAUGCAAAAACAUGAACAAAAGAUUAGACACUUUGGUAUGCUGAGCAGAUGGGAUGAUAGUCAAAGGUUUUUGUCUGAUCACCCAUACCUUGUAUGUGAAGAAACGUCUAGAUAUCUCAUGUUGUGGUGUUUUCAUCUAGAAGCUGAGCAGAAAAGAGCUCUGAUGGAGCAAGUAGCACACCAAGCAGUUGUAAUGCAGUUUAUUAUAGAAAUUGCCAAAAGCUGCAAUGUGGAUCCAAGGGGAUGUUUUCGUCUGUUUUUCCAAAAAGCCAAAACAGGAGAAGGCUAUUUUGAGGCCUUUAAAAAUGAACUUGAGGCAUUCAAGACAAGAGUGAGAAUCUGGUCACAAUCACAUGGCUUUCAGACUAUGUUACUACAUGAUCUCAGUGUCAAUCCUGGUUGUGUGGGAGAGCGGACACCUUUUUUACAGAACAUAGGAAGUCUACAAGGUUCCAUAAACACAGAUGUCUUCAGUUUGAACUCUGUGAUACAAAGAGAUGAAGAAGAAUCCAAAAUGAUGGACACAGUAUAG